AGCAGGUCACUCCUCUCUCUCUCUCUCUCUCUACUGUGCGUUGUGCUCGGUUCUACGCAUUCUCAGUGAGGAAGGGUGGCAAAAUGUUGUGGGUGGACAAGUACAGACCGAAGACUCUGGACAAGAUGACGGUCCACGAGGACAUCGCUAAGAACCUCAAGAAAUUGGUUUCGGAGCAUGAUUGCCCACAUCUCCUUUUUUAUGGACCUUCUGGUUCUGGGAAGAAAACCCUAAUCAUGGCUCUCCUUAGACAAAUGUUCGGUCCUGGAGCUGAGAAGGUGAAAUUGGAGAACAAGAUAUGGAAGAUAGAGACUGGAAGCAGAACCAUUGAUCUAGAGAUAACUACAUUAUCCAGUACCCACCAUGUGGAAAUGACCCCAAGUGAUGUGGGCUUCCAGGACAGGUACAUUGUCCAAGAGGUCAUCAAGGAGAUGGCCAAGAGCAGACCCAUUGAAACAAAAGGGAAAAAGGGGUUUAAAGUUCUCGUGCUCAACGAAGUUGAUAAAUUAUCUAAAGAAGCUCAACAUUCAUUGCGGAGAACCAUGGAGAAAUACAGUGCAUCCUGUCGGUUGAUAUUGUGCUGCAACAGUGCUUCUAAAGUGACUGAAGCGGUUCGAUCUCGGUGCCUAAAUAUACGGGUUAAUGCCCCAUCCAUAGAGCAGAUUGCUGGGGUUCUGGAGUUCAUUGGAAAGAAAGAAGGCUUGCAACUACCUGUAGGAUUUGCCAUGCGAGUAGCCGCUCAUUCAAAUCGGAGUCUGCGAAGAGCAAUAUUAUCUUUUGAGACUUGCCGAGUGCAACAGUAUCCUUUUACGGAAAAUCAAGUAGUGCAGACUAUGGACUGGGAGCAGUAUGUUUCUGAGAUAGCUUCUGAUAUAGUGAACGAGCAGAGUCCUAAACGACUCUUUUUAGUUCGAGGGAAAUUGUAUGAACUGCUUGUGAAUUGUAUUCCUCCUGAGGUUAUUUUGAAGAGAUUGUUGUAUGAACUGAUGAAGAAAUUGGAUUCUGAACUGAAGCAUGAGAUUUGCCAUUGGGCUGCGUAUUAUGAGCACAAGAUGCAGCUUGGACAGAAGGCCAUAUUUCACAUUGAAGUUUCCGGUGGGGUUUUCUGGGCAUACAAUGGAUCUCAAUGAAGAUGAUUAUCCUGCUCUUUUCUGUAAGCUUGCAAACUCCAUGAUGCAGAUACACCUAGGCCCUAGGUAGUGCUAACCACCAAGGGUUCUCACUUGUCAACCUAAGUCAAGUAAUUCAGAAAAUUGUCUUAUGUAAUGAUGCAGCUUUACGUUCCUACCUACCUCGAAUUUUGGAUUUGAACCAUGGUUAUCUUCAGUGUUGUUUUUGAAUGGAAACUGUGACAGGUGAUAACUCAGGUGAAGUGAACUACUAGUGUGGUCAGACUCUGGAGUUAGGAAGACGUUAUCGAUUGAUAGUUGCCAAAUUUCUGAAAAGUACAUGGGACAUGCCACUCUUUCGCAAACUUCACUUAUGGAUAAUACAAAGAAGACACUGUGGGAGUGAAUUUAGGCCGUCAUCUUCUUUGAGUGGAAGAUGCUCCUCUAUUGUCUUAGAAAAUUGCUGAAUUGGAGAAUGAAAAAGGAGUGUAUAGUAGGUAUUUAUGCAGUCAAACAUGGUGGAAAUGGUCCUAGGAUGUGAUUGUAAAAGCAGGAAACCCCUCAGCACCUAAUCACUCAGGUUAAGCCGAUAGAUGAACCGUGUGAUGUUUGUGGAGAAAUAUUCAUGUUAAAAUGUCAAAGUGCCUGAUCACCACCUAAGAGCUUCCGGCUGCAAAUGAGUUAUUGUUUGGUCCUUUUCUGAUAUGUUAUCUCGUACUGAUUAUGGCACUUGUUAAUUUAAUUAGGCAUUGUACGUCUGCACUUCCCCACUACCUGAGCCGACGCAGGCUGGUAACUGGAUGCAAUUUUUUCUCUUAUAGCCUUACAACUGUAGAAUGUUUUGUAUAGCACGGACAUCUAAUAAUGUUGUCACCCAUAGUUGUGUCUAUCAGUUAAAUGAGUGUAGAUGUUGGAUUCUAUCUGUUUAGAGACAUUAGACCAUAACUUUCCAAUGGAGUGGCUAGACCUCGUUUUUUUUG